AUGGCUAUUAAGCUAGUGGUUGGUGGGCUCACUUUAAGCGUGGUUAGUGUAUACGCACUGCAAGCGGGCUUGGUAGAGGAGUUCAAGAGGAAAUUGUGGGAGGAUUUAGAUGAGGCGGUGCGUGGUAUUCCGUACUCCGACAAAAUUUUCAUAGGAGGUGGUUUUAAUGGUCAUAUUGGGGAGAUGACUAGGGAUUAUGAUGAUGUGCAUGGUGGGUUCGAUUUUGGAGUUAGGAAUAAAGGUGGUACUUCGUUGCUGGAUUUUGCUAGAGCCUUUGAUUUGGUGCUAGCUGACUCGUGUUUUCAGAAAAGGGAGGACCAUUUGGUUAUUCCGAGUGAGUGGCUUUCGACCCAACAUAUGCUCUUGGUUAUGGACUUGGAGAUUAAGUGGGAGAAGAAGAAGAGAACGGUGUUUGGUUAA